ACAGCUCUGCGCCCCGCUGCGGGCAGUGGUGCAGCCUCGCUCACAGCGCCCACAGCGCCGCGCCAUGCCCGUCUCCUGCACAGCCGCUCCGCCGCAGCCAAAGGUUCAGCGGCCCGAUAAGACGGGCCGGUAUGGCCAGUUUGGCGGGAGGUAUGUGCCAGAGACGCUGAUUCUGGCUUUGGACGAGCUGACGGCGGCCUACGAGGAGGCGAUCAACGACCCCGCCUUCCAGGCCGAGCUUGAUCACCUGCUGAAGCAUUAUGUGGGCCGGGAAUCGCCGCUGUAUCACGCGGAGCGGCUGUCUGAGCGCUACCGCAGGCCCGACGGCAGCCGCCCCGAGAUCUAUCUCAAGCGCGAGGAUUUGAACCACACCGGCGCCCACAAGAUCAACAACUCCCUGGGCCAGGCGCUGCUGUGCAAGCGCAUGGGCAAGAAGCGCAUCAUCGCGGAGACGGGGGCGGGGCAGCACGGCGUGGCCACGGCCACGGUGUGCGCGCGCGCGGGCCUGGAGUGCGUGGUGUACAUGGGCGAGAAGGACAUGGAGCGGCAGGCGCUCAACGUGUUCCGCAUGCGCCUGCUGGGUGCGGAGGUGCGCCCCGUCACCUCGGGCACCCGCACCCUCAAGGACGCCACCAGCGAGGCGAUCCGCGACUGGGUGACCAACGUGGAGAGCACGCACUACAUCCUGGGCAGCGUGGCGGGGCCGCACCCCUUCCCCAUGAUGGUGCGCGACUUCCACGCCUGCAUCGGCCGCGAGACGCGGCGCCAGGCGCAGGAGGCGUGGGGCGGCAAGCCCGACAUCCUGGUGGCCUGCGUGGGCGGCGGCUCCAACGCCAUGGGCCUCUUCCACGAGUUUGUCGACGACGCCGACGUGCGCCUGAUCGGCGUGGAGGCCGGCGGCGAGGGCAUCGACACCGACAAGCACGCGGCCACGCUGACGCUGGGGCGGCCGGGCGUGCUGCACGGCUCCUACUCGCUACUGAUCCAAGAUGAGGAGGGGCAGGUGGUGGACCCGCACUCCAUCUCCGCAGACGCGGAGGCGCUGCAGGCGUUCCAGGACCUGUCACGCCUGGAGGGAAUCAUCCCCGCCCUGGAGACCAGCCACGCGCUGGCCUUCCUGGACAAGCUGUGCCCCACCGUGCCAGACGGCACCCGCAUCGUCGUCAACUGCAGCGGGCGCGGAGACAAGGACGUUAUGAACGCCGCCAACUACCUGCCGCACCUCAGCGGCGGCAGCACGCAGUAGAGGCGGAAGCGGCAGGCCAGCCGUGGGCCGGCGGUCGGUCUGCGUCCCUCCCGCCAGCUGGAGGCGUUUUCCCUGCCGCAGUUUUGUGUCUCCAGCUGGGCGUGCCCGCCCUCGUGUGAUACCACACCGGCCGCACAGCCAAUGCAUGUCCCUU